AUGGUUUAUGCUACUACCAUGUUUUUUCUGUUGGGCCUGACAAAUUUAUUAGGAAUCCAUGCCACCAGUAUUCAAGGAAUUUUCAGGUUUAUCUACACUCUUCUCAGCCUGGGGAUCAUCAUGUGCUUGCUGACUUGCUCGGGUCACAUCGCCGCCGAAACGGCAAACAACCCCUGCCUGUCUUGUCACAUGAUCUUUGUAUUCUUGCUUGUGAUACUGGAAGCUGCAAUCGCCGCUGAUGUAUUUCUGAAUAGCUACUGGGAGGAGGAUUUCCCAGAUGACCCAUCCGGGAAGUUUGAUGAAUUCAAGCAUUUCGUGAGGUCAAAUUUUGACAUAUGUGAGUGGGUGGCCCUCUCGGUGGUGGCUGCUCAGGCACUAUCAAUCAUUCUUGCAAUGGUACUUAGGGCCCUUGGGCCCGAAAAUGAAAUCGAAUACGACAGCGACGAUGAUGCGGUGCCUGCAAGGCUGCCUCUCCUAAGGAACAAGCCCCAGCAUGGUCCAAACUAUGGCGAACCUAACUCACCUCGCAGGAUUGAUUCAUGGCAUGUGCGAAUCUUAGACAAGGCCAACGAACAAUAA